UGUGGCAGAAAAAUGAGAUUUCGGCAAAUUUUUUGCGUAUUUUUAAUUUUCAUGAUGAGUCUCCUCCUUAUCCGCGGACAGAGACCAGCUAAUUUGGCCCUGAGAAGAAAGCUACGCAGACACAACUGCUUUCAGCGGAGAUGCCUGCCACUCCAUUCCUGGGUGCCCUUCCCCAGAGAGAACCUGUAG